UAUAUAUUAAGAGCUGAAAUCAAUAAUAUGUAUCAGAAAUAAGUCUUCCUUAAUCAGUGAAGAAGUUAAUUCUAUUUUAAAACAAAAUGAAGUGUGUAAUUGCAUUCUUGGCUGUUGCCGUUGCUGUUGCUAAUGCUGGAAUCAUUGCCAGCCCAUACAUUGCUGCCCCAGGUUUAAUUGCAACACCCUACGCUUAUUCCCAUAUUGCUGUAGCUCCAGUUGCCGUUGCACAAGCAAUCCAACCAGGAUAUGUAGCUGCCACUCGUGGAUCCUUACACAUUGCUCCACUCCCAGGAAACACUCCACUCGCAAGCCACCACUUAAACUUGGCUCCAGCUCCAGGAACUAUAUAAGUGAUUUAAUUUGAUGUUAUAAUUUUCUGGUCAAAAACACUAUCAAAAAUUUUCUUCUGUUACUAGGUU